ACGGAAGGUGAAAUCUCCAACAGCGGAGCGAUGGCGGCAGUUCGCACAAAAGCUCAUUAUGGAGUCGGAUGACGGAGGUCGGCGUAGUUUCGUGUCGUAGCUACCUAAAAAUUGUUGAAAAUUACUACAGAAUAGUUUCUUAAUUUAAUAGUGAGUAGGGCGUGACGUCCCUUACGAAGCUCGAUAGAAACUACCGUAAAAGCGAAAAAAAAAACUGCAAUAAAUACGUUCUAAAUAGGCUGACCUUGAAAACAAACAUGACGAUAUCUUGGCUCGCUUCUAUAUUCCUUUUGAUUGGAAGUAGUGAAUGCUCAGAUAUUUCCCGCCAUGACGUUGAUUUGCCCCACCUUUCGGGGCCGGACGUGGCGGACAUCGUGAGGCAACUCGGUGGACUUAAUUUCAGCCUUAACAGUAAACCCAUAACCAAUGGAGAACCCAAGUGCAAACCAGGACUUGAGUACGAGAGCAAAAGCGGAUACUGUGUCGAUGUCAACGAGUGUGAGCGUGGCACUCACAACUGUAGCCAUGUGGCGCUAUGCGUAAACCAUGCAGGAUCUUUCGAGUGUGUCAAGUUGGCACGAAAAUCUGUUUCAUGUCUUCCUGGAUAUCGUUUUAAUUGGCAUCUUGGUGAAUGCCUUGAAAUUGACGAGUGUGUGAAAAAGCCGUGUGCUCGCAGUCAAACUUGUGUUAACGAGCAGAAUGGGUUUAGAUGCCUCAACUCAUCCGAACGGAGUUGCCCCCAGGGAUACAGCUACCAGAACCGGAAAGGCUGUGUUGACAUCAAUGAGUGUCAGGGUCUGGGCGCCCAUUUGUGUGACGGACGGAAAGAACUUUGCAAAAAUCUUCAUGGCUCGUACAUGUGUGUACCCCCAUGCCAGAAAGGCUUCAGAAUGAUACCCAAUAUUUGGGACUGCGCAGAUAUUGAUGAAUGCAUGGAAGAAACGGAUUCGUGUGCUCAUAACGAGGAGUGUAUUAACACCUUGGGAGGAUACAACUGUGAAAUGCCUUUAAACACUGGAUCACCUUCCCCCUCCUUAACACUAGAAGUGAAGUAGCGGCAGAGAUAUUAGCCUGCUUUGCCUCGUCCUCAUUAGAAGCCUGGAUCAUUCAACUUAUCAGACAAUUAGUAACAUAAAACCCAAAAUGCUGUGAUCCUAAACAAUCUUAGAUUUGAUUGUUUCAUUUCGUCACAGUCGUUUUCCAUUAACCCAAUUAUUUCUUUGAAAAAUUUAUA